GACUUGGUUUGCACAGUUAUGACUUACGCUGAACACUUGCAGAAUGUUCUGUGAAUUAGGAACAUGUUAAAUGUAUUUUCAAUAUGAAGUUUUUGAGAAGAGUUGUAGCUAGGGCCGUGGAUGAGGUGGGUGUAGGCAAACCAUCCCAGCAAACCGAGGCAUAUAAAUAACAAGCGGGACAGAACACAAACGCUUCGCUGGAGGCACACUAACAAUGUAACCUGACAGGGUGUCGAAAUGUCUGCAAUCAAACACACUAGUUUGGUUACAUUUCCUGCUCCCUUUACCAUGGCUUGGCACCAAUGCUUUGGUACUUUCCACUUCAGGUUUUGGGACUCACCGGCUAUGAAAUCUUUGCUGCAGCUUAUGCCUCUCCCUUGAUAUUGAACAUCACUGCAAUCUGGAAUUUGGUGAACAACAAAUAUAUACUUGCUCUUCUGAGGCUAAUUAGUUUAGGGAGCAUUGCUUCAUAUCAGACCUCUGCCCCUGUCAUCCGGCUGCUAUUGCUGGCUUUUGGUGUAUCUUCAGCCCUGCUUGUUCAAGCCGUAACUUGGUGGUCAGGAGAUAGGCAGCAAAGGCUCUGCAGAAUCUGGGGUUUCAUUUUGGGUCAUUUUCUGCUCCUUGUACUAAGGAUCUGGUAUACGUCAUUGAACCCAGUGUGGGCAUGCAACACAUUCAACACUUUAACGCUGUCCCUGGGCAUUAUAGUGACUCUGGACAGAGUAUAUUGCGAUUUUCAAAGGCUUCCACAGGAAGAAGAAGAAAUGAAAUCUACAGAGAAGAAGACAGAGCCUAGUGCUGAGCGCAGUUGGUUUGUCAGUGGAGCAGCAUUUGGGAGUUUGUUAUUCCUCACACAGUGGAUAUUUGGUGAAGUCUCACUCGUCUCUCGAUGGGCUGUGAGUGGUCACCCAAAUGCUGGACCAGAUCCUAAUCCUUAUGGAGGUCUGAUUUUGACUGCCAUGGCACUUGGUGUGAUGUUAUCCUUUUGGCCUUCUGUGGUUAACCGCGUUGCCUUUUGGCUAAUAGGAGUUGCAUCAGUAAUUGGUAUCUUCUACCUUCGAAGGGAGGGAGCAUUUGCUGCAGGGACUGUCUUGGCUGUUUACACUAUGUCUCUUUGGCCUCACUUGAUCAACCGCCUCAUCAGCUCAGGAAAUCCAGGCAAGGCCUUGAGCACAGGAAUGUUGGUUUACGUGCUGGAGAUGCUUGGUAUAGUGUGGUGUACAGCUUAUAACUUUGUUCCUGGAGGUUUCAUUACUCGAGAACAAACGAUGGUGGUUUUAGGUGUGCUUAUGCAUUUGAUUGGAUUGGGAUUAUUCUUUGGCGAUCAGUCCAAAUGCUUCCCAUCAGAAACCAGUCACGUUAUUCUUUUCAAAGUCUUGGCAAAGUAUGUCAAACUAUUGCUGUGGCUAUUUGUCGGUUUGGGUCUUUUAGGAUUAGGACAUCGAUUCACAUUGUAUCAGAAGAAAUUACUGAAUCUGUCUGCAAAGAAAGACAUUUCAGCCAUGAUAUGGUCAUACAGAUUCGGAUAUGACAAUCAGGGUUGGCCCAGUUUAGAAAGAUCUGCUGACCUUAUUGAACAAACAGGUGCUGAUUUAAUUACCAUAUUGGAAAGUGAUGCCUCCAAACCAUUUCUGGGAAAUAAUGAUCUCACCAUGUGGUUGGGUGAGAAACUGGGUUUUUACAUGGACUUUGGUCCAAGCACAAAAGACCACACGUGGGGGAUAAUGGCUUUGUCAAGGUACCCAAUAGUUCAAUCCACGCAUCAUCUCCUUCCAUCCCCGCAAGGAGAGCUAGCUCCUGCCAUUUCAAUGACUGUCAAUAUUUCAGGGAAUCUCGUGGACUUUGUUGUUGCUCACUUUGGUAAUGAUGAGGAUGAUUUAGACAGGAAGUUACAGGCACAAUACAUUUCUAACUUGUUGAAGGAAAUCCCACAGCCUCUUGUAUUUCUGGGAUACAUUACUUCCGCACCAGGCUCCAGAGACUACAUACAGAUUAGGAAAUUUGGAAAUGUAAAGGAUAUAGAUCAGAGUGAUCAACAUAGGUGGUGUGAGUACAUCAUGUACCGUGGAUUAAUCAGGUUGGGCUAUGCCCGUAUUUCUCAUGGUGGUCUGAGUGACACAGAAGUUCAGUUGGCGAAGUUUCGGAUUCCUGAUGACAAAAAUCAUUAUGAAGAUAAUGGUAGAAUUGAAACCGAUCCGAAAAAUGUGCCCGAAGAAAUUCAUUUUAACCCCAGUUUUGGAUCAUUUAUGAUUGGACACAACAGCGAACAGAUUCACCACUUUCAUAUGAACACACCAAAGUAUUUCCUCCAGCAUGAUAACGAAGAAAAAAUUAAAAUGUGAUUUUACUAAUAGCAAUAUACAUAGUACAUCUUAUUUUAAACAUGUAUGGACUAUUACUGCAUACAAAAUGUGAUGUGACUUUAUUAAGGAUGAUAUUGCGUAGUGGAUAGAACAUUAGAAAGGUGACCAAAAAAGACGUCUAUCACCAAUUCUACGACAUUUUACAAAGUUGUGCAAAAUGUCAGAAAACUGGGAUAUCUUUAGGGUCUAUUAUUAUUGAUUGUUCACUAGUUUGCUUUUUUAAUAGGAUUUUCUUGUGGUCACAACAACGUACAAACAAUUAAAUUCCAUUUAACUUCCAAUUGUCUCUAUUUUUAUAACCUUCAAAUUUUAUAGUAAUGAGAUACUCAACCAACAACAUUUUAUUUAAACACAUAAGUUACUGGUUUUUGGAACUUUAUUCACUUUACUGAAAGGCAAAAGUUUGGUCUAAUCUGAUAUCCAUGUUUCAUCUAAAACAGACACUGUAAUGCAAGGUAACAAAGUGUGGAGCUGAAUGAAGACAGCAGGCCAAGCAGCAUCUCAGGAGCACAAAAGCUGACAUUUUGGGCAAGGGCCUGCUGUGUUCAUCCAGCUCCGCGCUCUGUUAUCUUGGAUUCUCCAGCAUCUGCAGUUCCCAGUAUCACUGUAAUGCAAGAUAAUUGUUUAGUGACCACUAAACCAAAUUUAGUUAUGAUGUUUAAGAGGCUGUUAGGUAAAUGAAGGCAAAUAUUAGAAGACAGUGGGGGUGUGUGACAGCACAGUGGCUCAGUGGUUAGCACUGCAACCUCACACCACCAGGGACCCACGUUCGAUUCCAGCCUCAGGCAUCUGUCUGUGCAAAGAUUGCACAUUCUCCCCAUGUCUGCAUGGGUUUUCUCCAGGUUUCCUUCCACAGUCCAAAGAUGUGCAGGCUAGGUGAAUUGGCCAUGCUAAAUUGCCUGUAGUGCUCAGAGGUGUGUGGGAUGAUCCAAGGGGCAGUGUGGACUUGUUGGGCCAAUGGGCCUGUUUCCACACUGUAGGGAAUCAUAAAAAAAAUUGGUUUAAUUUUAGUGGUCUUAGUGGAGUACUAACAUCAGCUGAAAUGUGAUACUAAAAAUAGUCUUUUGUACCAAAAUUUUUCAAAUGUCUUAAUAAAGUUAUUUGAAGUUUA